AUGGAAGCCCUCGCCUCCCUUUGGGCCACCCUCAAAGCCUAUCAAGGACCGCUAGUGACGCUUGCGCUCAUCUUCGGUCCCGGGCUCUUACGGCGCUUGAACGCGCUCCUAGCCCCAGCCCCACCAGACGCGACGACUCCACCCCGCUCGAGAAUCCUAUGGUCAAUCCUCCUUCUUCACGCCGUAUACGCCAUCCUCCUUAUCCUCUGGCCAUCAUAUGACACUUUCACGUCUCUCGACCUCCUAGCCCCCUCGGAUAUUCUCCGGCCCUUCGUCCUGCACGACCUAAACCAACCCGCCGACGGCUGGACCCAAGUUGAUCCUCUUGUCGAACUCUUCCUUGCCCGCCUUGGCACAGUCGAAGGCAUUGGUGUUGGGGGCUUUGGGUUGGAAUUCGGUUGCGGGGGCCGGAGCGAGAGAGAGGGCGAAGAAGUGGCGGCAUACUAUCGGGUGUGGGAUUGCGGUGUGUGCGGCGGUGGAGUUUGGGGUGCGGUGCUCUCGCCAACGCUCACGACUGCCCGAGUUAUCGCUCAACUAUCCCUCACGAUGGCCUAUAUCCUCCUCCCCGUCCGCCCCUCCCCGGCCGACUUGACGCAGGCGCGCCUAACUCGCACCCUCGACGCGGCGUAUAACACGCUCAACCUCGCGCAGGCCGCGCGUGCUGCUAUCACCCGCUCGCCCGCCAUGUCCCGUUCUGCUGCGGAGUGGGCCACCAUUCGCGCCAAGGCUGAAGAUAAUGCGCGCUCUGAUGCUGCCGUGGUAGGGGCGGCGUUGGAUUCUGGUGUGUUUGAACGUUCGGCCGCUGGAGUGGCGGGACAUACUAGCCAAAGUCGGGAGGGGGCGGGGCGGUUCGUGAGUGCUCAGUGGGCGCGGGUUGUGCGGAAGUAG